GGGCCUGGGCAGAGCCGGGCACUGAAGCGAGGCCAAGGCCUGGACGGAACCAGUUCCUGGUGGCCGCUGGGCAGCUCAGACAGCUCCCAGCCUCACCGCCAUGGCGACGCCUCUGUCCUGGCUCUCCCGGUGCUGUCGCCACCUCCUGUCCUCCUGGUCCCUGGCUCCCCGGAGCUCCCGGGGCUGCUCCCAGAACCCCAAGGCAAGCACAGAGGAGCAGACCAACUUCACGGACAGUGGGAAGAUGAGGUCGCCCCCCAGGGGCCCCCCGUUCCAGCGCACAGCGGAGCUGGCCCAGGCUGAGGAGCUGCUGGAGCAGCAGCUGGAGCUGUACCAGGCCCUGCUGGAAGGCCAGGAGGGCGCCUGGGAGGCCCAGGCCCUGGUGCUCAAGAUCCAGAAGCUGAAGGAGCUGAUGAGGCGGCACAGGGAGAGCCUCGGCGACGCCUAGCUCCCCACGGCCCCCCUUUGUCCUCCCCUCCGCCCCCAGGAGCCUUCCCUGGACACACUCCAGCCUUCCCCAGGCCCCAGGCCCCAGGAGACCUAGGCAGGGCCGGCACUUGGAAGCCGCUGGGAGCCACGGCCUCUGCAGUGCAGCCCCAGCCCCGUGACCCCACAGCAGGACAGGGCCUCACAGGGACCUCCCGGGUCACUCCGUAACACGACCUGACCCGCCACAAUAAAGGGGCG